UGUAUUUGAGCCGUUUGAAUAUAAAUUUAAACUCCUUUUAAAUGACACUUCACCAGCUUUGGCUUUAUCGAGGUAUAUGGAUGUGUACUUUCUAACUUACUUCGUAAAGGGAUAUAUUUACAUAACAAAGAAUUUGCAUAUCAACAACACAUGUGCGCUUCUGUAUAUUUUUGUGUUUUUGUAUAUGGCAUAUUGGAUCGCGUACCAGCUUUAGUUUGAGAAAAUGUCGGUUUUUAAACUUCGGAAGAAAAACGUUAGCUCGAAAAAAGAAAGUAAUGGCGAUGGUAUGACGCAUCAGAACCUUCUAGGAAUAAGUGACCGUGUAAUAGUCCGAAAAGGCUCUCCGAAUUUGCCAGAAACUAAAUCCAAACCUCGAAGGAAUUCGAAGCAGCAAUCUAAAUCUAUUCAACGCUUCGUUGCGGACGUGAACCGAACGGCAGGUGACGUCGCAAGCGAUGUGACGUUACUUUGCGCCGCUGCAAAGGGGAAUCUCGAGGAGUUUCAACGUCUCUACGAGAACGAUCCCUCGCGGCUGAGCGUCCGAGAUGGCAAGGGUCUAUGCCCCAUACACAAGGCGGCGGAGUUCGGACGACUCAAUAUCCUGCAGUUCAUCGUUGAUCAGGCCGGAGAUCUGAACAUGCCGGACAAGCUGCUUAACACGCCUCUGCACGUGUCGGUACGCACAGAGCAGGUCGGCUCCAUCCAGUUCCUGUUGGAUCAUGGGGCCGACCCCACUGUCGCCAACGACGACCAAAUGGCUCCCCUUCACCUAGCUGUCGACAUUAACGCGAAGAAAUCACUCAAGGCGCUGCUGUCACAUGCCAAGGUGGACCCCAACUUGAAGGGAGAGAAGGGAAUGAAUGCGCUACAUUACUGCGCGUACAAAGACAGAGCUGAGUGUGCAAAGAUUCUCUUAGAGAAUGGCGCGAAACCCUGCCAGAAGUGCGACAACGGCUUCUUCCCCAUUAAUAUCGCGGGCAAGUGCGCAGCCGCGAAAACUCUCGAGAUUCUCAUUCAGCACGUGGAGAAGCUGGGCUACAAGCGCGAGGACAUUCUGACGUUCACGGACAAGGAGAACAACAUGCCGCUACACGGUGCCGUCAACAGCGGCGAUCUCAAGGCGGUGCAGGUUUGCCUGUCGGCAGGAGCUCCCGUGGACGCCAAACAGGAGGACAGCUCGACGCCGCUGCACUUCGCGGCGGCUCAGGGGAGCGUGGACAUGGUGCGGCUGAUGCACGAGGUGCAGCCGGAGCGCUUCAAAGCCGCCCUCCACAUGCAAGACGUUCUGCGCAUGACGCCGCUCCAUCGCGCUGCCCUGUUCGACCACGUGGCCGUCGUUAAACUCCUCCUCGAGCACGGAUCAGACAUCGAUGCCAGAGACACACACGAGCGCACACCUCUGAUCCUAGCCUCUACGAAGGGCGGCUGGCGGACGGUGCACCUGCUUCUCGAAUCAGGCGCCGACAUCAACCUCAAAGACAAGGAGAACCGAAACUUUCUGCAUCUCGCUAUAAAGAACGGGGUGCCUAUAAAUAACUUCGGCUGCGCAAUCAUCAAGGGUGUAAAGAAUCUACUGAACGAGAAGGACGACCUGGGCUGCACGCCGUUACACUACGCCUCUAAGGAGGGGCACCUGGUUGCCAUUGACGACCUGAUAUCGCUGGGAGCCGUCAUCAACGCCAAGGAUAACGAGAAGAAGUCACCUCUACACUUUGCCGCAAGGUACGGCCGCUACAACACGUGUCGCCGGCUCCUCGACUCCCCAAUGGGACCCAAUAUCAUCAACGAGACCGACGGCGACGGCUUGUCGGCGCUGCACUUCGCCGCCGAGAACGGCCACACCAAGAUCAUUCACCUUCUUAUGCAGAAGGGGGCCUAUGUGACACGGGACAACAUGGACAACUCGCCCCUCCACCUGGCGGCCUCUUACGGAUACACGCGUUCCGUGAAACUUCUUCUUACGGUGUAUUUCAAUUUGAUGGAUUGCGCCAAUAAAGCGGGACGAACCGCUUUGCACAUGGCCGCACACCACAACCACCCUGGGGUGGUGGGCCUUCUGCUGUCCCUAGGGGCGAACAUGCUGAGUAAAGACAAGAACGAGGAAUCCUUUAUGGACAUUGCUCUGAGGGAGGGGCACUCUGAAGUCGCAUUCGCAGUCAUCAGACACGAGAGGUGGGAGGAGGCACUGAAAAUGUGCAGCAAGCAAUAUGGGACUAUUAUGAACGGCAUGGUCCAAUGUUUGCCGGACGUCUGCAUGGCCGCGUUAGACAGAUGUCAGAUUCCAUCGAAACACGAUCGAAAAAGUCGGGAUUACUCUGUGCACUACAAUUUCAAAUACCUGCAGUGUCCUCUGCGCUACUUGAAGGGCAAGGACAAGGAUGGAAGGGACCACACCCCUAUGCUGGCCCUUAAUACGAUGGUGAAGCACGGACGGGUCCAGUGUCUGUCCCAUCCCGUCAGCGAGGCGUACCUAAACAUGAAGUGGCGGGCAUAUGGCGCAUGGUUCCACAUGACUAAUCUCGUUAUUUACAUAAUCUAUCUGGCCUUACUGACGGUGCUUGUAACCACGUGCACAUUCUCCCUAGAACGUGAAAUCAGCAACAACAGCAGCAGCAGCGUCAACGCUAGUGUCAGCGUCAACAACGUCACAUCUAGCAUGCCUCUUGCUUCUGUCAGUCGUGUCAAUGUCAAGGAGUAUAAGUUCAAAUCUUGCGAAAUCACAACCAUGCACAGGAUCUGUGUUUGCAUCGUGUUCAUUUUCUGCAUCCUCAACAUCCUCAAAGAGAUCGUCCAGAUGGUCCAGCAGAAAAAGAAAUAUUUUAAGGACAUGACGAACUUUCUGGAGUGGAUCUUGUACAGCACGACUCUUGUCUACAUUGCACCGUUCGUCAUGAGUCACGCCAUGUACUGGCAGUGGCAGGCCGGCGCCAUUGCCGUGUUCCUCGCUUGGUUUAACUGUCUUCUCUUCUUGAGAAGGUUCGACUUCUUCGGUAUUUAUAUCGUGAUGUUCCUGGAGAUCCUGCGCACGCUUCUCCAGGUGCUUUUCGUCUUCUCCAUCCUCCUCAUGGCAUUCGCCCUGGCUUUCUUCACCCUUCUCAACAUCGAGGAUAACCGCGCCUUUUCUUCGCCGACCCAGUCCCUCUUGCGAACAGCCAUGAUGAUGUUGGAGCUGGACUUCAUGGCGUCAUUUAAUGACCCCUACACGGACGGUGACGUCAGAACGCUGUACUUCGGUGACGUCACAAUCCUUCUGUUGGUCGUUUUCGUCCUUCUAAUGCCUAUCCUGCUUAUGAACUUACUGAUCGGUUUGGCUGUUGGCGAUAUUGAAUCUGUCCAGAAGAAUGCUACGUUGAAACGCCUUGCCAUGCAGGUGGAGUUGCACACGAGUCUGGAGAGGCGGCUACCGUUUCGCCUGCUAGAUAUGGUGGACAAGUCAGAGUACACGUACUACCCCAACAAAUGCUCCGGCAGAUUUGAUGGGGUGUCCAUUUUGCAGCUGAUGUCCCGGAUGUUCACGUUGAGCGACUACAUGAACGACGAAGACGGGGAUAAGAGUCUCAAUCAUCAGACACACCUGUAUGAGGAGUUGUACAAACAGAAAAUGAGAAUGCGGGACAUCUCGACGGCGCUUACAAAGCAGUACGACAUGAUGCGGCUGAUCGUUCAGAAGAUGGAGAUUCAGACAGAGGACGACAACCGGGACGAAGGGGACAACUUUGAGAUGAGCAACCCCAUCGAGAAGGGCUCAAAGUGGGCGCCCGCUAAGCACAACUUGCUGCGACAGAAUGCAAUCGUCGCCCACUGGAAGCAAAGUAUGACUGAAGACCCUUGCGGCAGAACCCAAACCCCUGUUGGGGAUAUGGGAUCCUGAGAAUCCGGUUAUUGAGCCUCAGGAGCCGUAAGCUAAGGGCUCUGAAAGCUAGAAUGAAGGACCCGUUUGGUACUUUUCGAAUUUGAUAAGGACGCCUGGACAAUGAAAGUAAUUGUCACUCUUAAAUUUGGGAUAUGAGGAACGGAAUCUCCGGUUAUUUGGACCCUCCGGUACAUAUGUGUUCAGACAAUGAUCCUGGAUGAAAUGUUCUAGUCAAUCAGAUAAACUUUUUACUGUUGUAGCGUCGCGGUGUUGUAAUGUACAUUUCAUCGGCGUGGCACUGAGAGAUGUGAGUUUAUUUCUGUUUAUCAAGUGUGGAUAGCCUCUUACUCAUUUAUGUUUAAUGAUCUCACACGUUUUAACAUAUUCUUUGUAAUUAUUGAUUAUAUAUGAGUAUAACAUUGAUUUCAUUUGCAUUUUAUAACCUAUUUUUAAAUGGCUUCCAUGUAAAGAAUAAUGCGCAUUCUAAUUUAAAAACACAUGGCUCUACGAGUUGUUCCUUUUCAAAUAUUUUAUUGAUAAACAUUUUUUAAGGUAAAGAAGUAAAACCGAUAAAAAACUAAAUAAAAUUACAUACCUUUUGCGUUCUUAAUACUUAUAUAAUUUUAGAAUGUUUUUGUUUACCCUUUUAUACAUGCAAUCACCGUUUCGAUACACCUGUUGCCAGCUUUUGAUACAAUAUUUGUUAAUAAAAUUAAUAUACUCUUUUGUGUUUUGGCUAAUUGCUUUGCUUAUCCGGGUUCUAUUGUGAAAAAAGUGUACGUAUUACUAUUAUAAAUAUGCUUCGCAUUUGAGAAAAGUAUCUUCCUUACCACGUGUUUGCUGUGUUAAAUAUUGUGUUAUUCAUUAUUGUUUUUAAGUAACACUAUGCUCUGUGAUGCAACACUUGUGUAAUUUUAUCACGUGUCUGGCCUGACUUUCUAGCUUCUUAUACAUUUAAAUAUUAUAUAUUGUUUAUAUAUUUUAAAAAUUAUUUAACCUCAAGAUGUUACAUUUUGCUAAAUUACUAUAUCAUAUGGUAUCUCUUUUAACUCAUUUAUACCCAACGUCUAGUAAAAAGGCCUUGGCAAACAGCGUAGACCCAGAUGAGACGCCGCAUGAUGCGGCGUCUCAUUUGGGUCUGCGCUGUUUGCUAAAAGAAAUUUCUGUAAGAAAUAUUGUAAAUAUAGAAAUAAAUAUACUAGACGCCCUUAAUUUUGGAAAUAAAUUGAUCCAAAUUAGAAGGAUGGGAGCGUCCACUAGGCAUAAAUGGGUUAAGUUGUGUAAGAAAUGUUCAUCAUCCAACGAAGUGUGCGUCAAUAAUGUUCAGUCCGCACAUUUUUGAAGAGUAAUGAAAAACAAUUGACCUCAAUUGUUAAAUAAAAAAUAAAUAUAUAAAUAAAUAUAUAAAUAAUAUAUAUCAUCAGUUAAACGUAUUACAAUACAAUUAUCAAGAUACUCCAAAUUCAGUUUAACACGCCGGAAAAUUUGAGAUUUUUUAUAAUCUUAUCACGUUAAUACACUGUUGCAUGAUUGAUUGUUGUCUUUUGUAUUGUAAAUUGUUCAUUACCGCACUUUGUUUUAAUUUUUGUUCAUAUUGUGUGAGAUUAAAUUUAUAUUUACCAGUUUCAAACAAAUAAAAGUUUUCAGUUUUGGCUCGUUAUAUCUUUAAACAUCAACUUUUUAUCAACGUAACUUAUUAAGUUCUUUACCAUGGAUUCAAUUAAAUUAACGAUCAAUAGUUACCACACGCUGUCCUUUUUUUCCACUCCAUAUUUUGUUUCAUUUGGGUUGUGAAAUCGUAACCGUUUAUUUCAUGCGUUGUACCAUAUGAUUCACCACUAUAUUAAAAGUAUAUAUGCCUCCUUUUGGGCAGCACUUUAACAACUGUUCUCGAUUUAUAUCGUUGUAACUUGUAAGUCAUCUUCGUUUUCAAUUCUUCUAUACUUAAAAUGAACCGUGGUAUAAUGAAGGCCACAUAAGCAAAAUUGAUUGAAGAUAUUUCUAACAAUGAUCAGAACCGUAAAAUAUAAGGUAAAAAAUAAGAAUGCACAUAUUCAGAGAUUACAAAUAUAAAUGUAUAAUAAGAGUCUCAUUCGUAAGGCUUUUAUGUUUACAUUUUCAUGUUAUAGUUGAAGUAUUUCCAUUUUUUUUAUUUGGCUAAGCUUGAUAGCGCAAUUGCUGGAAGCGCUUUCUGAUGUAACUUCUUCAAAGGACUCAAAGGUCGUGACUUUGAACUUUUCUUGAAGAAUUUUAUGCCGUUUUUCUGAUUCUCUAUUAAAUAUCUUAUUUUGUUUCAUUGACAGAAUACUCGUGUGUUUGUAAAGCUUAUUUCAAUCAUGUAAUACACUUAAUGGGCAUAUUGCAAUUAUCUUUUAGCAGGCUUGUUUGUAAUACUUUCACAUAUUAGUGAUUCUAUUUAUUCGUAUCAAAGACCAUUUUUCGUUUUCAUUGUUUGCCUUUUAUGCAUUGAUUUCUAAUUAAAAAAGCUCGAAUUCCAUAGUUUAAGUAACAUUUUGUUUUGUAAAAUAAUCAUAAUUGCACUUCAGCGAUAUUAUAAGUAAUAUUUCCAACUGCAUUAUUUCAUUAGGUACUUUGUAUUCCAUGUUAAUCAUGUGAAGUGUUAUUUUUUAAUAUAUGUUUAGGUGUAAAGAAAAAACAGUCCCGCGUAGUUUUAUAGUCUUUUCUUGCUGUUGCGUAAUUAUAAGACGAUAGUAGAACAUUAAAACUUGAUUACAAUAAAAAAAUGGUCAUAUGUCUUAAUAUGAAGUAUUUUUAAUAUAAAACUAUCAUAACCGAAUUGAUUCCCUCAAUUCACUUUUCACAACAAUAAUUAAUAUUGUUGAUAAUGGUUUCGUUGUUUGGAAUCUGUAUUGUUGUCAGAGCGAAUAAACAAAAAAAGAUCACUGGUUUUGAUUGUAAAACAUGGACGCGCAUCGUAGUAUUUAAGGUAGCGCAUCUGCA